AGACACCGACAAAACCUUAUAAAAAAGCACGCAAGGGACCUUGCCACUUACUCGAAUUGCACCCAAACUUCAAACCUAGCCAUGGCUUUCUUUUCCCUUCCUUCAUCAACUCACCCCAUCUAUCCUACCCAAAUCUGCUCUUCCUCCUUUAAACCCUUUAACUCAUCUUCUCACGCAUUUCCACCAACUCGUGUAAAAAACUACAAUCUCCAUGCAAAAGCUAGUACAUGCAAAGCCCAAAAUGCAGAACAUCGUCAGACCCCUAGUACUGAUGAUAGUAUUAGUUCAUCCAAAUCCAAAAGUGGUAAAACUUCGGCAGGGAAAUUUGAAAGAAGGGAUGUCCUUAUUGGCCUCGGUGGGCUAUAUGGUGCAACCACACUAUCAAGGCCAGUUUCACCUGAUGUUUCCAACUGUACCGAAGGCAGGAUGAAUCCAAGUGGCAUACCUAUCUACUGUUGCCCUCCCUCCGCCGCGGGUUACAGUGAUUAUACACCUUCUGCUAGCGAAGUCUACACAAGAAUGCCGGCUCACACGGUCAGCCAUGACUAUAUCAAACAAUAUUCAACUGCCAUUGCAAAAAUGAAGAACCUUCCUCUGACAGACCCGCGUAAUUUUUACCAACAGGCAAACAUCCAUUGCGUGUAUUGUGAUCAAGGGUACGCUCAAUCAGGCUUUCCAGACAAAAAGUUGGACAUUCAUGAAUCAUGGCUAUUUUUUCCGUGGCACAGAUGGUUCCUUUAUUUCUUUGAAAGAAUUUGUAAAAACUUGCUCGAUGAUGAUACGUUUACUUUGCCAUUUUGGCAAUGGGACGAUCCUUCAGGCAUGCAAAUUCCACCCAUGUAUAACGACAGCAAAUUGUCCCUAUACGAUUUCUUCCGCAACCCAAAACACUUCCCUCCUCAAGUGCUGGAUUUAGCUUACGACGGCACCGGUUUGCCCAUCGACCCCAAUACUCAAAUGCAGUACAAUUGUUGCACAAUGUACACUCAAAUGAUCACUCACCCGUCCACGCCUCUGCUUUUCUUCGGACAGCCACUGUUGGGGGGUGAUGAUCCCGAUCCAGGAGCUGGUUCCAUAGAGACUCUACCCCACAAUUCUGUGCACCUUUGGGUUGGCGACCCUUCCCAGCCUAACCGCGAGGACAUGGGCUCCUUAUAUUCAGCCGGCCGAGACCCCAUAUUCUGGGCUCACCAUGGCAACAUUGAUAGAAUGUGGUACAUUUAUAACAAUGUUUUGAAACGCAAAAAUAUUGAAGACCCGGAUUGGUUAAAUUCCUCUUUUAUUUUCUUCAAUGAGGCGGCGAGACCCGUUAGAGUGACGGUUAAGGACUCCACAAAUCUCGCCAAGCUUGGUUAUACCUAUCCUGACUUGCCACUUUCUUGGUUAAAAUGUAAGCCGAAAGCGCGUAGAAGGGGCCUGAUCCUGACAAAGUUGUCCGUGAAUGCACCUAAGGCUAAUGAAGUGCUGCCAAUGAAAUUAGAGAAACCCAUCAGCUUCAUGGUUCAGCGGCCUAAGAAGUCAAGGAGUGGACAAGAGAAAGCAGAGGCAGAAGAGGUGCUGAAGAUUAAGGGAAUCGAAUUUGAUAAAGGAGAAACUUCGGUGUUCGAUGUGUUUGUGAACGAAGAUGAUACGAGUCAGAGUAAUCCGUGCAAGGCUGAGUCUCUAGGAAGCUUCAGCAGCUUGGGGCAUGGACAUAGCAUGAAAUCUACCACUUCCCAGUUUUUUACGAUUUCAGAGGUGCUGGAGGAAUUGGGAGCUGAUGAUUUUGACAGCAUUUUGGUCACUUUGGUCCCCAGAAUAGGGGUUGUGACAAUAGCUGGUAUCGAAAUUACCUUUGUUCCUAAACCAUAGCUUUAAAAGAUCCCAUGUCAUAUUUGCAGAAAGAAAAAACAAAAUGUAGGACCGUAGCCUGGAAAAUUGAUGUUGAGAUGUCAAAGGCCCACAUGUGGUGGCUGAAUUAUUGACUUUUUUGGUGGAAUCGUACCACGUUUUUCUUCGUAGUUAGACCCACAGUUAAUUCAAUCUUGAUUGUACCAUGUCCACUCGAUGCAAUUUAAUUUGUGGUAAAAAAACAGUUUCCUUUCUGAUCCAUAUUCAAA